UCAACUGUGCUGAUAUUCGAGCACGGUACUACAAGCAAUGUAUAUAUCAAGUGGCACUAACAGCGCACGUUCUUAGGGUUGAUUGAUGGUGGUGAUCGAUUGGCCGUCAGCACGUACAACACUACGCUCUUCCUAACCGGAUGCUACUGUGGUGAGAGAGCUGCAGCAGCCGAAUCGAUGUGCGUUCAGCUUGACUUGGUGCAGUCGCACUAGCUUGACACCAAAGGUCCGAAUGAAAAGGCGUCCCUGCACAUAGGGUGUCCCGCUACGCAGGGAUGGACGUUAGAUGGAUUAUACAAGAUGGAAUGCUACAUGUGCGCCUCUCGCGCUUGAUACCACAACUCCGAUCCUCAUACGCUUCAGCCCUCCGUAACCCCGGUUUGGCCCCUCGUCUAUCCCCCGUUGCCUCUCCACUACAGCCAAUGGCGCGCGCGACGUCGGACCGAUGUGCGCGGAAACAAUGCCCACUGCGAUCUUCGUACCGUCGUCCCACGCGAACCCGUUUCCUCUCUUUGCAUGAGUGGGGUAGUGUGGAGUCCGACCUCCAUAAAAGGUUGCGUGUUCGCCCGGAAAAGAAUUCCAGCAGUGUGGGGGUAAAAGGGAGAAGAGCAAAGAGCUUGGAAAUGUGGCGUGAUGCGUACUACUCGCGUUCUCGAUGUGGUCUGCAGGACAGAACAAGGGAAGAUGGGUGAUGGAGUUCCCUCUACAGUCUACUCUCCUCGCACCUAUG